AUGAAGAGUGGUAACAGAUUUGUUGGUAUAGCUCAAGCAAAACAGAAACUCCAGAGAACUCUUUCACAAAGAAUCAAAAUGGCUUCAGCCAUUCCUGAUGUUCCAAAAGGGCACUUGGCAGUGUAUGUUGGAGAGAGCCAUAAGAGGUUUGUAAUUCCCAUAUCUUACCUGAGCCACCCUUUAUUCAGAGAUUUGUUGGACUGGGCUGAAGAAGAAUUCGGAUUCAAUCACCCAAUGGGAGGUCUCACAAUUCCAUGCACUGAAGAUUACUUCAUCAAUUUAACUUCUUCUCUUAAUUAA